GUCGACGGACGGUGCGAACUGAUGGAGCUCGAGCUGCGCCUGCGGUCCAAGUCCCAAGAAGACCGCGUGAAUGUUCUCACGUACUCCUCGUGGGGUGCCCCACACGUGACGUUCCCGCAGUACCUUGUCCGCGAAGCGCACUUCCGGUCGACGCAGUUUGGCGCGUGGAUGGCCGACUAUGUCUUUAUUCCAAAGAACGACCCCGACACACUCGACAUUCGAGGGUACCUCGAGAUCUUCCAGCGGCGCGCGGUCUUGCGGCCCCACGACGCGUCGCCACCCAUUUCGUUUGAUGCGUACAGUGUGGCGUCGGUCUUUACGCCCGAAGGCUACCGGAAGCAAGGUCUUGGCUCGGCUAUGCUUGCAGCCUUUCUCCAGCGCAUGGCGGCCAUGACCGACAGCAGCUCGGGAAAGACCUUGCCCUACCUCGUCUCGAACCUCUACUCGGACGUCGGAACGUCGUUUUAUGCCAAGUGCGGCUGGAACCUUGUCGCGUCCGACGAAAUCCUGCUGCCCGUCGCGUCGACAAGCUUGCCGGUCCACGACGCGUCACUCGUUUUGAUGACGUCGCUUGCGGCGCUCGAGCCCAUUGCGGUGCUAGAUCGUGCGGCGAUGAUGGCGAAUCUACGGCCCGGCGAGGUUGGCUUUUUACUCACAACUGACUGCAUCGAGUUUUACCACGUCAAGCACCGCUACUGUGGCGUGCACCGCCACCACAUGACGACGCUUCCCACCAACUACGGCGUCUACCUCCACGAAAACGGCGUCGUCCGCGGCUAUGUCAUUUGGACCUACAACUUUGAAGAACGGACGCUCGAUGUGCUCAAGUUUCGGGCGCUCGACGACGCUACUGACGUGUUUGCAGCGUUUGCGCCGACGCUGCAUGCCGAGGCCGCGGCGUGGGGCUUGGACCACAUUUGUCUCUGGCCGACCAAGGACAUGGCCUUGCCGGAAUCCAUACGAGCGCUUGCGCGGCCGCGUGACGACUCGCUCUCGAUGUUGCUCGUGCAAGCCAAUCAUGCUAAUCCCGAAGGCGAUACGAGCGUUGAAACGUUUCAGUGGGUCGCGGACGAGCUCUACCUCUACGCCUAGAUGCACGGUGUGUCCUUGGAUGCCAUGACGAACAUACUAAAGUCGUUGCAAGCAGCUAGUAUCAAUGAUCCGUCGAGGUUCUUGUUGCCAGCAACACGAAAGCCACACCUUGUUGCA